AUGGAGAUGUGUGAAAACAUUUACGCCAAUGAAGAAUCUGUCAUGGCCUGCAAGUCCAAAACCACAGCGGACCAGAACCCAAAGAGCAGCCCAGGAGAUCAGCACUUGGGGAAAAGACUCUACAGGGUGAUUGCAGUGUGUCUGGGGCUGCUGUGUGUUCUGCUACUGACUGCCAUCACGGUCCUCUGUAUCCACUAUAAAGGAGUGGUAAAUGAGAGAGACCAGUUAGAGACCAGUAAUACCAACCUUAAACCAGAGCGAGACCAGCUAAAGAGCAAUUACACCAUCCUUAUAGCACAGAGAGACCAGAUAAAGAGUGAGAAAAACAGGCUUCAGAGGUGGCUGGAACACACGUAUUCCCAUGGCUAUAUAACAUUUGACUCCAAGUUCUACUACGUCUCCAACGAGACAAAGACCUGGAUUGACAGCCAACAAGACUGCAGAGAGAGAGGAGCUCACCUGGUAAUCAUUAACAGCAGAGAGGAACAGGAAUUCAUCAGUGGAUUGAAAAAGAACGUCUGGAUCGGCCUGAAUGACAGAGAAACAGAGGGAACCUGGAAGUGGGUGGAUGGCACAACACUGACCACAGAAUACUGGCAGAGUGGGCAGCCUUCUAAUGGAGGUAUUACUGAUGAGAAGGAUCCUGAUACUGGAGAGGACUGUGCUGAAAAUGCUAUCUUCCAGUACUGGAGGAAUGGCAAGUCAGAGGACUGUGCUGACUGUCAGAGAGGCUGGAAUGAUGUACCUUGCUCCACCAGACUGAAGUGA